AUGGCAGCGCCAACUAGUCCGCUGCUCGACAGGCUUCCGCGAGAACUGCGGGACCAGAUCUACGGGCUCGCCCUGACCGAAGCGCACAGCAUCGAGAUUCCCGGACGUCUGGAUGCCAAAGCCUGCAUUGCUCAACAGCUGCAAGCCAAUUCGCGAGGAAGCGACGGAGAUGUACUACGCCAAAAGGCCAUAAUGGCGGACGACGAUAACUGGAACAUCCCGUUCGAUUGGCUCGACAGCCUCACUGAUGAGCAUAAGGACGUUGUACCGAAGCUCAUAAUCAAGUACGAGUUGUCGAAGGGCUCGAAGAAGUAG